CCGGCGACGAGAACACUGAACACGUUGUUUUAAUCAUCUUAUAUACUUUCAAGAGAUUACUUAUUACUUAUAAUCAUGUGAUAUCGCGCAAAAUUGCUUGUGAAAGAAAAAUUGUUUAGAUUGUUUUGCAGAUAUGAUCGUCAGAUAUUUUGGAAAAAGUUUUGUAAUAGUGGAAAAAUUAAAUUUUCACAUUCAUGCAAUAUUUGAUAAUGAGAAAUUAUAUUUUUUAGUUUAAAUAAAAAACAUUAACGUGCAUAUCUAGUAAUUUUUUAAGUGUAACGCUCAAGAUUAUUUCUUUCUAAAGUGUUAUUUCUGUAGUACAUCAGCAAAUCGUUAGUAGAUCGUGUUUCUUGAACGACUCGAUGUCCUUGAUCAAAUGCACUUGAUUAGACUGAGAAAUAAUUACUACAUUGAAGAUUUACACUUUUCUACAGUUAUUCGUAUGAAAACGAGUAUUUUUAUAUAGCGCAAAAUUUACUUCAUUUACAUACAACGCAUAAAAUAAUUGAAAAAAGUUUAGGGAAAAUAAAGUUGAAUUCAGAAAAUAAAUUAGGUAACGUAUCAUUAGAUGUGAUUGAUGCGCGCGUAUUAUGAUCGAGAGGCAGUAUUGAAGAUACAACUUCUGCACAGAAAACGUCUGCAUCUGCUUAACAAUGAAAAAGUGUUGCUCGUGCUCGUGUUUCUCCAGAUUCAGGACCGUUUUCAGACCGCAACCUUUGCCAACUCCACGACCACCUCCAGCAACUGUCCCAGGGGAAGACUAUGGCGUUCCAGUACUGACAAUCCGUAGUGUAGACUUCUGCAUCGAAGAGAACGGCGAGAAUCAUCGGACAUUUAGAUACGAGCUGAUGACCCGUCAUGAUGACAAAGCGAGACUUGUUGUCAGACGUGGCCAGGAAUUUUAUCUGCAUCUCAACUUAUCCCGGGACUACGAUUCUUCCAUCGAUGGGGUUUCUAUCGUCUUUACUCUGGAUGGCAUCGAGAAGCCGCAAUACGGACACGGAACUCUGGUGGCAACCGCUCUGCUCGAUCCUGACGAGAUUUCCGAAGCUGCCUGGCAAACCACCAUAGUUGCCCUAGAGUCGAACUUCUUAAGAAUAAAAGUUGUGCCAUCCGUGAACGCGAUUAUAGGCAAAUGGAAAAUGGAAAUCGAUACCAAGAACAAGCAAACCGAAGGCGCUGUCAGUUAUUCGGUGAAUCAGCCAUUCUAUCUGAUAUGUAAUCCAUGGUGCAGAGACGAUGUUGUAUAUCUGGAGAACGAGGCUGAACGCCAAGAGUAUGUGCUGGCAGAGGACGGUUUGAUCUGGCGUGGCAGUCACAAUCGUAUGCGACCCACCGUUUGGAAGUACGCACAGUUCGAACGAGACAUUCUGGACUGCGCCCUGCAUCUGAUGAACCAAGUCGGCAAAGUUCGCGUUAACGGCAGAAACGAUCCCGUCGUCAUAACGCGAUGUCUGUCCGCUGCGGUGAAUUCUCCCGAUGACAACGGAGCGGUGAUGGGAAAUUGGUCAGACGAUUACGGAGGUGGUAUACCACCUACGAGAUGGAUGGGUUCGCAGAAGAUACUCCAGCAAUAUUACAAGACGAAGAAGCCGGUCAAGUACGGACAAUGUUGGGUCUUCUCUGGUGUAUUGGCGACCGUUUGUCGCGCUCUGGGUAUACCUUGUCGAGUGGUAACGAAUUAUUCGAGCGCGCACGAUACUCAGAGCAGUCUAACCGUGGACUACUUCGUGGAUGCUGAAGGCAGAGUCAUGGAAGAGCUUAACAGCGAUUCUAUAUGGAAUUUCCACGUCUGGAACGAAGUGUGGAUAGAGCGACUGGACUUGUCGCCUGAUUGUUCGGGAUGGCAGGCGAUUGAUGCGACUCCUCAGGAGCUGAGCGAAGGCGCGUAUCGUUGCGGUCCAGCCUCCGUGGCCGCUGUGAAGAAGGGAGAAGUUCUGCGCCCCUACGACAACGCGUUUCUCUUUGCCGAAGUGAACGCUGAUAAAGUUUACUGGCGGUAUAAUGGACCUACUCAACCGUUGAAGCUAGUUCGCAAAGACAUGUACGGCAUCGGUCAACUAAUCAGCACGAAAGCGGUUGGAAGAUGGGCGAGGGAGGACAUCACGCACACAUACAAGUAUCCAGAAAAGUCUGACGAAGAACGGGCUGCCAUGCUGAAGGCGCUGCGUCAAAGCGAGUCUUUGUUCAGUCGUUAUUAUCUCAACGAGGAGUUUAAUGAUGUCAUGUUUACUUUUGAACUGCGCGAUGAUAUCAUAAUCGGACAGCCAUUCAGCGUUGUAUUACUGAUAAAAAAUCGAAAUUUGUCAAUGGAAUAUCAUAUAUCCGCGAUUUUGAGAGUGGAAACUGUACUGUACACCGGUCGGGUGGGUCCUCCAGUGAAAAGACUAAACAUCGAUAAACUAGUCCGACCAGGAGUGCUCGAGGAAAUUCGCAUGGACGUUUCCUGGGAGGAAUACGGUCCGAGAUUGUUGGAUCAAUGCGCUUUCAAUAUCGCCUGUCUUGCUACUGUGAAGGACACGAAUUUCGAGUACUUUGCUCAGGAUGACUUUCGCGUCAGAAAGCCUGACAUUAAAAUCAUGUUGCUCAGCGACGCAGUCGUUGGUCAGACUCUUAAUGCCACGGCCCAAUUUCGCAAUCCGUUGCCGAUUCCUUUGAAAAAAGGUAGAUUUCUCAUCGAGGGUCCUGGUUUGGACGAACAAUUGAAAAUAAAGCUAUUGGAAUCUGUCGAAGUAAACGAGGAAGCUAAAUGCACCUUCUCUAUGAUACCGAAGCUGGAGGGACGUGCUAGAAUAGCCGCAAAGUUUUACUCGAGAGAAUUAGAAGACGUCGACGGUCAUUCAGAUAAUUUUAUAGUUAAACCGGCGAAAAUAAUGAGUAAUUAUGAAUAAUUACGUGAGAUUGUUUUUGAUAAUUUAGAAAAUAAUGAAGUGUUUUUGUUUUUGAUAAUUUAGAAAAUAGUGAAGUUUUUAGCUUGUCGUCUUUGUAGUUUAUUAUUAAUGUUAAUCAUGCAAUAUAUACACAAUAAUUGUUCUAUGACUGUAGCGAGAAAAAAACGUAGUAUAUUGUAAAGAUAUAAUUAGAUAUAACUAUAAUUGCUUAAUGCCAAAAAUCAAAACUACAAUAAUAUAAUAAUAGCGCAUGCAAUUAAUUUAUUAUCUUUUCUGCCAGUUAUCAUUACAAUAUUACUUAUGUAUUUAUGUGUUCAUAGAAUGUAUGUUAAUCGUAACACAUUUAUACUAUAUACACACAUAUAUAAUAUGUA